GGGAGGAGGGAGGGCACCCGAGGCUCGGGACGCUCGCCGCGGAGCGAAAACCCCAUCCCGGACCGCGGCGGAGGCGCCCUACCGGAGUUCCUUCGGCCUUCCUCCGCCCGCCCGCCCGCCUCGCUCCCCUGGCUCCCCUGCCGCCUUCGACUCCUCCAGGGCGGUGGGGGCGUCUCCUGGCGGCCCCCGGGAGCAGCCUUGGCGGCGUCUUGGGAGCCCCUCCCGGCAGAAAACGCCCCGCGGGCUCCGCCUAGCAGGUCGAACGGCCGGAGGGGCGGCUGGAAGCGCUCGCUGCGUUCCUCUCGCGCGGGGCUCGCUUCGGACUUCGCAGCGGUCUCGGCGGCGCAUUGGUGGCGGAGUCGGAAGCGGUGUCGGCGGCGCCUCGCUCCUUUCGGGAUGUUUCCCAGGCGGGGCAUCUACCGGUUGCCUCCUUGCAGCCCCGGCGAGAGUGUCCGGAGAGCAGCUGAGAACCCUGUGGUGUUAACCUCAGUCAACAUGUCCUGGAAGCUGCAGAUCACACAACCCCAAUCUCGGCUCAGUCUGGUUCUUGGACACCAGAUGACCAUAGGGAAUGAUAGAUUGGCUGAGGCUGGGUCUCCAACGGAUGCUCUUCCCCAUCCGUUGGCUUUCUUGCCCAUGAGUGGGCGUCUUCUGAAAUCUGAAUCGGAAGAUUCUGGCGUGGAGUUGGCCAGUGGUGACCACGUCCCUUUGACUCCGGUGGAAUCCGAAAAAAGCUUUUCUCUGGAUUGCCUGGAUGGAGAUGAUUCUGUUCCAGCUGUUCAGGAGGGUCAUCCCCAAGAAAGGCCAGAAAUACUACUGCCCGUUCUGGAUUGUGCCUGGCAGGAUUUCUGUGUCAAAAGAAAGCUUGGCAACGUGGCACAGAGCUCUCAGAAGAACAUCGUGCUUAUGCCCAAGAAACCUACUCCAGAUUUGGAGGAGCUAAAGUCCUGCCACCACCCAUGCCAGCCAGUGAGUGUUAAAGGGGUUCUGGAUGAGGCUUCUGGAGGAUGCAGUCAAGCUACCUCAGGAGGCAGCACCGUUGAGGAGGAGAAAACAAAAGAAGAGGCACAACAGCCAGCAUCCCACCCCAUGCCAGGACCGGGUCUACGCUCCCUGGAGAACCUCUGUAAAACCAUGGAAAAAAUUGUGAAGCUGCAGAAAGCCAACAAGGAAAUCCAACAUGAACAACAAGUAUUGGAAUGUCGAGUCCGGACCUUGGAGAGCUGGGUCUGCACCUUAGAACAAGAGAAGCGAGUGAAUCCAGUGAGUGUUGAGGCGGCUCUGGAUGAGGCUUCUGGAGGAUGCAGUCAAACUACCUCAGGCGGCAGCAUCCUUGAGGAGAAGAAAAGAAAAGAAGAGGCACAGCAGCCAGCAUCCCGCCCCAUGCCAGGACCCGGACUACACUACCUGGAGAACCUCUGUAAAACCAUGGAGAAAAUUGCCAAACUUCAAAAAGCCAACCUGGAAAUUCACCAUAAAUGUGUAAUACUGGAGUGCCGAGUCUGUACCCUGGAAGAAGAGAAAGUAAGGAAGAGUUAUGGCCUAUAG